AUCUGUACACGGAAGUCCUCCAGGAUGUUACAUGUAUGAGAUUUUGACUUUUUUGCAGCGUUUCACGGUUCAGUUCACUGUUUCUUCUGACGGCUUGUGAAACCACAAUGGCAGCGAGUUAUACGUCUGUCGUCGUAGAGACGCUGAUAAGAUGAUGCGCGGUCUGCGGCGGACGGUAGAAAUCCAGAGCGGGUCAAUGGACGUCAGGACGUGAAGUGCUGCUGUUUUGACAGCUGGGUUGAAACCUCCAGUACCUGCUCUGUCUGACAGAGCUGCUCAGGACAGACACGAACCGAGGCUGAAACCGCAGAGAGGGAUUUGUUUUAUGUAGAGACGCUUUUCUCCGUCUUGUGAAGCUGCUUUUAAAGCGUCAUCGAAGGAAAGGAGGAAAGCUUCUAACCGACCGGUGCUCAUGGCUUCAUCCCGGCUGAAGUACCUCUCUCUGGGCGUGCUGGUGUUCCAGACCACCUCCCUGGUGCUCACCAUGCGGUACUCCCGCACCCUGCAGGCCGAGGGCCCGCGGUACCUGGCCUCCUCUGCUGUGGUGGUGGCCGAGGUCAUGAAGAUCCUCACCUGUGUGCUGCUUGUCUUCAAAGAGCACAGUUACAGCAUGCGAGCUCUAAACAGUGUCCUUCGUCAGGAGAUUGCUCACAAACCCAUAGAAACACUGAAGCUCGCGAUCCCUUCGGGGAUCUACACACUUCAGAACAACCUGCUGUACGUCGCCCUGUCCAACCUGGACGCAGCCACCUACCAGGUGACGUACCAGCUGAAGAUCCUGACCACGGCUCUGUUCUCAGUGUCCAUGCUGGGCCGCAGGCUGGGCGUCUACCAGUGGCUCUCAUUGCUGAUUCUCAUGGCUGGAGUGGCUCUUGUGCAGUGGCCCUCUGAGUCUGCUGGGGACCCGGAGAAGGAGGCCCCGUCCGCGGGCUCACAGUUUGUCGGUGUGACGGCUGUUCUGGUGGCGUGCUGCUCCAGUGGUUUCGCCGGCGUCUACUUUGAGAAGAUCCUGAAGGAGAGCAAACAGAGCGUCUGGGUCCGCAACAUCCAGCUAGGGAUGUUUGGCCUGGUGUUCGGCCUGUUUGGGAUGCUGGCCUACGAUGGGGAGAGGGUGAAAGAGUCAGGAAUGUUCCAGGGAUACAACCCCAUCACCUGGACGGUCGUAGCGCUGCAGGCGCUGGGUGGUCUGGUCAUAGCAGCGGUCAUCAAGUAUGCAGACAACAUCCUCAAGGGCUUUGCUACAUCGCUCUCCAUCAUCCUGUCAACUCUUAUAUCGUACUUCUGGCUGCAGGACUUCGACCCCACCGGCGUGUUCUUCUUGGGGGCCAUUUUGGUCAUCGUGGCCACUUUCCUGUACGGCUACGAAGGCAAGCCGUCCCCCAACCCCAGCAGGGCGUAAGGACACUCACGGCUGACACUACAGCAGCAGGAGGAGGUCCCGUUGAAGCGUCAAGACAUGGAGGGGAAAGGAGGACAGAGGACUGGAGAAAAAGAGGGGGAAAGGUCUUUAUCAUAUAUUGUGAUCGCAGAGCAGUAGAGGAGGAAGAGAGGAGGAAAGAAGGUUGGACAUAAAGGACAGGAAAAGUGAAAGAGAAGGUUAAAAUAAAAAAAAUAAAAAGCAAGCACAAUGCUGUGAUGGGUCUCACACACCAAAAGUGCCUCAGGUGGGAAGGGUAAGCAAUGAGAAAAGAAAACUGUGGCAAAACAGGAUUGCAUGUUUUUCUUUUUUCCUAUAACUACCGCUGUAGAGAUAAUCCUGGCUGCCGCACCUCCAGAGCUGUAAGGAUAUUCUCAACAGGACCGACUGGUUGUCAUGUUCAUUAAGCUGUUUGACUGCCUGUCGCCUUUACUGCCACAUCAAUCAUUCCUACACAGUAAAGGAUUAAAGAGGCAGACAGGCAGGAAUUCCAAUAUCACAUCUUUUAGAUGUAGUGUGACUGAAGCCCAAACUGUUGGCUUGUUCACCUCAGAGUCGCAGUAUUUAAGGCUUUGACAGCCUUAAGUUGUCCCACUGUUCCCUACAAAAGCAGAUGUAGGAUUGUUUUUGCUCUGAAAUGAACCUCCUCGACAUCCACAAUACUGCAACAAGCUCUAACAGUCAAACGCUUUAGGUUGCAGAUGGUCAUGGUUAGCAUUGUAGCAACAGUUGGGUGUGUAAUCCCAGCAAAGGAGGCAGUUGAAGUACACAGCCUGGGAGGCAAAACUCGGGGCAGAAAACACAAAAUACUAUGCUACAAGUCUUUAGACUGUAGUAGUUGCAGUGACCAUAACUAGUAUUGUUUUCUAAAUUAUGGCUCUCACGUUGCAUUUUGCUCCGCUAUUUUUGGAAACAUUUUUUUUGUUGCCAGGCAACAUAUAGUCACUGGGGCGUCUUUGAUAACAUAUACAGUGUGUCUCAGUGACAGAACGGUCUCACUCUCUAACUCUUUUCUGUCAGUCUGGAGGAGUCAGGGAUCUGGGUGUAAGAAUAAAAUGCUACCUGACACCUCAGAAACACUGUUUGAGGCUGUAACAGCGGUGAUUAUUUGAAGAUAAUUGAUUUUUUUUUUCAUCGAAAACGACAGUUUGAUUAUGUCUGAAGAUGAUUUUGUACAACUUGAAAAUGAUGUUAACCGUGGGUGUAAAUAAUAGCACCAUUUAAAUUGUAAUCUAUCAAUCCCAAAUGAGUUUUCUGUUUAACUUAUUCAUUCAUUAAUUAGACGUUUACAUUACGUAACAAAGCCACUGAUGAUCAACAUCCAGCUCUUUAUGUUCUGUGCUUGUGUAAAUUAUAUUCUGUUGAUUUUUGUGGCAAAAGCCAUUAAAACCAUUACUGAAUGUGGCCCAGCUAAGGCUGAACUCACUGACACUCUGUGAGGAAUUAUAUGGGAAGUAACCUUGGACUGUAUAAGAUUUGACUGGUGUUAUUCUUCUGAAACUACUUUAUUUGUUGGGAUAACGCGGGUAUAAUUAAUAACUGUAUUAUUUUAAUUACCAAUAUGUGGAUCUUUUAUAAAAGAAAAAGUGUUUCCUUUAA